GGUCCGCCCGCGCUGCAGGGGGCGCUGUGGCGGCGGCGUCGGGCGGGCGGCGGAGGAUGCUGAGCCGCCUGCAGGAGCUGCGCAAGGAGGAGGAGACGCUGCUGCGGGUGAAGGCGGCGCUGCACGACCAGCUCACCCGCCUCAGGGUGGAGGAGCUGGCGCUGCAGUCCAUGAUCCGCGCCGGAGAGGAGGCCGCGGCCGCCGCCGCCCCCGCGGAGGAGCCUCACGGCACUCUCGGGCAGAUGGACAACGAGGCCGCUAUCAAUCAAACCGAAUUACACCUGAGCCUUCAAGAUCAUGAAGAGGAGGAGGAAGAGGAGGAAUCCGAUUCUUGAGAGAAAAAAAUGAGAGAUGCUUUUUAAUACAGACUCAGGAAUUUCUUCAUUUAUAUAAAAUUCACCAAUUUUCA